CAUUAUAUACUAAUUUAAUGAAAAUGGAGAGAAUUAGUGAUCGAUGAGUUCUGCGUAGCUCCUUCAAUGGUGGCGGCAGAAUGUCGACUUCUUCUUCUUCCGCUUCCUUCCCUCGCAGUACCAUCUUCUCCUACACUCUCGCAACUUCUCUCUUCAUCCUUUUCUUCCUUUGCAGCGUCUUCCUCUUCACCAGACGCACUCUCGAGCCUUCUCUCUCCCCUUACCACGCCGACAUCCCUCUCCCUGCAACCUCCUCCGAUCCACGCUCUCCCACGCUCCUCCUCCCUCAGAUUGAGCCUCCUCCUUCCAAAGAUCCCGAUGCUGAAACAAAUCCCAAGGAGGAAGGAGCCGAUUCGCGCGGCGACGAUGACGUCGCGGUAGGAACUGAGCUGAAAGCUGUGGAAGACCUCACCGCGAAACCUGAGCUGGAAGAAGGAGGAGUCUCGCGCGGCGAAGUGUCCGUAGAGGAAAAGGAGGAAAGCAAUGCGGAAUCUGUGGAACAGGCGGUGGUGGAGAAGAUUAGAGGCUGCGAUUUGUACAGGGGAUCUUGGGUUAAGGGUGAUGAGUAUCCAUUGUAUCAGCCUGGAUCGUGUCCUUAUGUGGACGAAGCCUUUGAUUGCCAGAGGAACGGGAGGCGCGAUUCCGACUAUCUCAAUUGGAGAUGGAAGCCUGACGGUUGUGACCUUCCACGGUUUAAUGCUACAGAUUUCUUAGUAAAGCUACGAGGUAAAAGUUUGAUGUUGGUUGGAGACUCAAUGAACCGCAACCAGUUUGAAUCAAUGCUUUGCGUUCUCCGAGAGGGUUUAUCUGAUAAGAGUCGAAUGUACGAGGUUCAUGGCCACAAUAUAACGAAGGGAAGAGGCUACUUUGUAUUCAAGUUUGAAGAUUACAAUUGCACAGUAGAGUUUGUGAGGUCACAUUUUCUUGUGAGGGAAGGAGUUAGAGCAAAUGCUCAAGGAAAUACUAAUCCAACCCUUUCGAUUGAUCGCAUUGACAAGACACAUGCUCGAUGGAAGCGAGCUAACAUUCUUGUCUUCAACACUGGACACUGGUGGGUUCACGGAAAGACUGCCAGAGGGAAAAACUACUACAAAGAAGGUGACUACAUCUACCCGAAGUUUGAUGCAACUGAAGCAUACAGAAGGGCGUUGAAGACUUGGGCAAAAUGGAUUGAUGAGAAUGUGAAUCCGAAAAAGCAGCUUGUAUUCUAUCGCGGAUACUCCUCUGCCCAUUUUCGGGGAGGCGAGUGGGACUCUGGAGGGUCAUGCAACGGGGAGGUGGAACCGGUAAAGAAAGGUUCAAUCCUCGAUUCUUAUCCUUUGAAAAUGAAGAUCGUAGAGGAAGCCAUAAAGGAGAUGCAAAUUCCUGUGAUACUUCUAAACGUGACAAAGCUGACUAAUUUCCGCAAAGAUGGACAUCCGUCAAUCUACGGUAAGACCAACACGGAUGGUAAAAAAGUGUCGACAAGGCGACAGGAUUGUAGCCACUGGUGUUUGCCGGGAGUUCCCGAUGUUUGGAACCAUCUUAUCUACACGUCUUUGCUCCUUCAAGCACAUUCCUAGUAGCAGAGCUCAUACAUCAACGAACUUAGAUAGGAAGAGAAGAGAAGAGAAGAGCAGAAGAAACAAAUGACCAAUUCCAGUUUUCGCUGAUAUAGUAGUGACGUCAUCUUGUAUACUUAAUAUUAUCGUACUUGGAGAUGAAAAGA